AUGUAUGUAAUGAUACCACGACAACACGAGAUUCAUCCAAAUGCCCUUACUAACAAUUUUAGGACUAAGAGAACUAAGAAGGUUGGUAUCACCGGUAAGUACGGUGUCAGAUAUGGUUCUUCUUUGAGAAGACAAUGUAAGAAGUUGGAAGUUCAGCAACACGCCAAGUACGAUUGCUCUUUCUGCGGUAAGAAGACCGUCAAGAGAGAAUCUACUGGUAUCUGGUCUUGCAAGUCUUGUCGCAAGACCGUUGCCGGUGGUGCCUACACUGUUUCUACCGCUGCCGCCGCUACCGUUAGAUCCACCAUUCGUCGUUUGAGAGAAUUGGCUGAAGCUUAA